AUGCAAGCAGUGAAAUAUUGCCGUCAGUUGAACGAAAGUCAACCAUUAGAACGAGAUUUCAAUGAAUCUUGUCACAAUGGUGGUCAUUUAUGGUCAUUUGAAAAUUUAUCAAAACUCAAUGUAUCGCCAUUGGAUGUUUUACAAUGGAGUUCAAGUAUUGAACAAACUGAUCGUUAUUCAAAAUAUUUAUCCAACAAUUCAUCGAAAAUUGAAGACAACUAUUUAUGUAAUUGUACAAAUCCAUCUUCUUUUGGAAAAUUUUGUGAAUAUCUUUUUUAUGGGCACAGUACUUCUUUUGAUGAUGCAAUUACAAAACAGUUUAAACCACUUGAAAGUUACCUUAUGACAACUGGCAAGAUUCAUGUUGGUAGUCAACUUCAUAAUAAUCGACCAUGUUAUAUCACAUGGACAUGUGAGUCAGGAUUGUUAUGUCUUGAUUGGAGACACAUUUGUGAUGGUAAACAACAAUGUAUGAAUGGAAUUGACGAAGAUUAUUGUGAAAAAUUAGAAUUUAAUGAAUGUGAAGAUGAUGAAUAUCGAUGUGCGAAUGGAAUGUGUAUUCCAGAUGAAUAUUGGUUAGAUAUCGAUGUUGAUUGAUUAGCCUGUUUCACAAUGCCUGCAUUAGUUUGUGAUGAGCAUUUGUGUCCUUAUAAUCAAUGGUCUUGUGGCAAUGGUGAAUGUAUUCCCUUUACUACUGAUCGACACACAGGUUUUCGAUAUUCUGAGCCGUUCUUCUGUCAAAACAUGCGAGACGUGAAUUUUAUGUGCGAAACAGUGACAAGAAAUUCGACAUCAUGGUGGACAAUUGAUAAUGGAUAUUGUUUACCUUAUUCAUUCAAUUAUCAAACAUUGGGCCUCGACUCAACAGUCGCUAAUGAUACAUGUGGGUUUGCUAUGAAAUGCGCAUUGAGUGAUGGUCUUAAUCAAGUUUGUGCAUGUAAAAAUACUACUGAAUGCCGUUCAGUAGUUCUCAAUUCAUGUGAAAAGAAAUAUUUAGCCUAUCCGAGAUCUGGCCCAUUGCUUACUCCUUAUUUAUAUAUGGUUUAUGCGUCUGAUCGUGAUUGGACAAAGAAAAAACCCGACGCGUUUGGGUAUUCUGGUGGAAUAAAAUGUAUUGGAUAUCGGUUCAUCACAUUUGGCAUACAGUUGUUUUCAGAUACAGAAGAUUUUCGAUUUUAUGACUAUAAGAGGCCGGAAAAGCUUCUUUGCAAUAUGCAAAACGGAACUCAAGGCAUUCGAAAUUAUACGAGUUCAUAUUAUGAUCUGAAUUGUUGGAACAAUUCCAAAACAUUCAACAAUCAUUCUUAUCAAGUUUCAUUUCUCUGUGAACCAAGAUGUAUCUCCAAAUAUCGAGUCAGAGAUGGAAUCUAUGAUUGUUAUACAGAUGAAGAAUCUAAAAGUAUCAAUAAUUCAUGUCCACAAAUACAACGUCAUCGUUUUCAAUGUUCAUCAUCUGAAUUAACAUGUUUAUUGGUCGGUGCACUGGGAGAUCAGGCUCUUGAUUGUUCUAAUCGCCGAGAUGAAAUCUAUGAUGAACGUGAUGCCGCUCCAAUCGCAGAGAUUCUCUGGGAAAAGAAAACUGACCCAGAAUUUAUUUAUUUUCGAAAAUAUGUUGAAACUUCAUCGAAAAACAAUACGAACAACAUCAUAAUUGUUGAUAAUUCUCUCCGCAAUGAUGACUCAACAAGUACGCAUGCAUUUCGAUACUAUUGUAAUUCAUUUUUCGAUCUAAAAUCAUCGUUUGAUGAAUCAACAGAGCUGUGCAAAAAUUGGAUCUGUUCUCGUGAUAAAUAUCAAUGUUUAUCUGGACAAUGUAUCUCUUUAGAUUGGGUGUGUGAUGGUAAAGUUAUUCUGCUCAUUCUUUCGAUUUCUUUCCAUUACGAUUUGUUUGUAGGUGAAUGGGAUUGUAGUGAUGGAUCAGAUGAAGAACGUCUUUUCAUUAUCAAUCAUCUUACUGAACAUAAUUCAAAAUUGACGAAUUUAACUGAAUUGAAAGAGAAAUGUGCUAAACAAUAUCGAUCCGAUAAUGUUCCAUUUUCUGAUAUUUGUAAUAUUUCCAGAGAAUAUCCAUGUUUUCGAAGUGAUGUUGAUGAUUCAUUGAAUGUCACAAAAUAUCGUCCAUGUAUCAACUUGACACAAAUUGGAGAUGGAAAAACAGAUUGUUUAACUGCUCUGGAUGAAAGAAAUCGAUUACAAUGUGCAGGUUAUGGUAUGUUAGGUUUUGAUUUUCGAUACGACGAUCGUCUUUGUAUACAAUAUGAAAACCUAUGCAAGGAUAUAGAUGUGUGGACAUCAGGUGUUAAUGCAGCCUAUAAAGCAGUGUGUUUUUAUCAGAAAUUUCGAUUUGAAAAUAAAACAAAGACUGAUUGCAAUAGUUCGAGUGAUGUAAUGUGUUUAAAUGAUAUUUGUAAAAAAAAUGCGCGAUGUGACGGCCGAAAGCAAUGUCCUUAUGGUGAAGAUGAAUAUCGAUGUUUACCAUCGACGCAAUCAACAGUGAAAUACAGACAUUUUAAAUAUAUUAAAUUUUUUAAAUUUCUUCAAGAAAGAGACAUUCAAAUAGUACAAUUAGCGAAUUAUCCGUUACGAAAAAACUUGACAGAUAGAAUUAUUCGUUCAUCAGUUGUUAGAAAUGAACGAAAUAAUUUGUUUGUUUCUUCGUUAAAUUGGAAAGAGAAUGAUGAAAUGACUCGAGUAUUUGGAUUUGAUAAUUCUAAAAAUAAAACAGUUUAUGAAAUCGUUCGUGAUUCGGUUAAAAAUGGUGAAAUCGAAUUUUGGAAAGAUUAUCUUCCAUUUAUUUGUAAUCGUGGUGUCGCCGUGAAAUAUUAUACAGGUCAUACAGUUUGUUUUUGUCCAUCAAGUUAUUAUGGUGAACAAUGUCAAUAUGAUAGUGAUCGAAUAACAGUUUUGACACAUCUCGAUUUGAAAAAUUUGAGAUCAUUUGUAAAUAUAAUAAAAGUGAUGACAUCAUUUUUAUUUAGAAAUCAAAUAAUUGAUUAUUAUGAAUUUCAUGUUGAUCCUCGAAGAGAAAAUGAAAAUGAUUAUAUUAAACAACAAAUUUAUUUUCUUUAUCCUCGAUUAAAAGAAUUUCUAGGGAUGAAAAAGAUAAAUCGAAGUGGAACUCAGUUAUACAAAGUUCAAUUCGAAGCAUUUCAUUUACAUUCAAGUGGAAAAAUCGAAAUUAUUGGAGUUUGGAAAUAUCCAAUUUAUUUUGACUUUCUUCCAUCAUUUCGUUUAGCGAAAAUCUUACGUUUUCCAUCCGAAGAUUCGUUGAAAAUGAAUGAUCCUUGUUUAAAUCAUUCGUGUAGUUCAAAUGGAGUCUGUCAGAAGAUAAUCAAUUCGAAUGAUUUAGGAUAUUUUUGUUCAUGUAAAAGUGGUUAUUAUGGAAUUUAUUGUGAACAUUAUGAAGAGAAAUGUGAGAAUUAUUGUUCACCAAAAUCAAUUUGUCGACCACAGUCUCGUGGUAUUGUAACAGAUAAUCAUGAUUAUCCAUUGUGUUUAUGUCCGGCAUCGAUAUUUGGCACCGAAUGUUAUAUCAAAAACAGAAAAUGUGAACAAAAUCCAUGUUUUAACGGAGGAACUUGUGUUGUCACAUAUGAUUUCACUGAUAUCAACAAGUUUCUUUGUUUUUGCACUGAUCACUUUGAAGGAAAUUAUUGUGAAACAUCAAAAGGAACGGUAAAUAUUACAUUGAUGUUAUCGGAAAACUCUAUCUUACAAACAAGCAAUGUGGUUGCUGCAACAGUUUUCUACAGUGAUUAUGACGAUGUAUUAUUAGACUUUUAUCAGGGUCAUCGUCAUCAACAAGUCUAUGCAGGUUUCCCUUUCGAGUUGAAACUAUUUUACAGUGACAAGCUUGAUAAAUAUGCGCCAACAACAGCUGUUUUGAAGGUUUAUGAAAAAAGUUCUGUUGGCAAAGAAGCAAAGUAUUUUCUAUUGUAUUUUCAUCCUGAGCAAAAGGAAAUGAAUUUCACAACUGAUUUGACAUUGGAAAAUCAUUGCCCAUUAGUUGAAACAUUGUGGUAUUUAUUUGAGAAAACAGAAAAUGUUGAUAAUUCUUCGUUUAAUUCCACAACUUCUAUUUUCUUUUAUCAUCGAAUCUGUCAAUUAAAAAACAACACAAACACAACAUUGACAUGCUUUCGUGAUCUGAAGUAUCUUUGUAUUUGUGAAUCUGAUUAUUAUCGUGCUGAAUGUUUUGGAUAUAAUCAUUCACUGGAUCAAUGUUCUUCGUGUUUAUCCAAUGGUUAUUGUUUGAAAGGAGAAUUAAAUGAUAAAUCGGAUUUUCUGUGUAUUUGUCCACGUUGUUUCAGUGAAAAGAUGUGUCAAUAUUCAACAGACCUUAUGAGUUUUACUUUGGAUUCAUUGAUUAUCAAAGAUAUUCGAAAGGAUCGUCACAUUUCUUUUCGAAUAUACAUUUCACUUUCACUUCUGAUCUUUUUCUUUGGUUUGUUCAAUAAUUCGAGCAGUUUUUUUACAUUUCUUCGUCCAAAAGCACGGAAAAUGCCUGUUGGAAUCUAUCUUCUGAUUGUUUCCGUUAUUGAUCAAUGUUCCUUGUCACUUUUAUUCUUGAAAAUCGUUCAUAUCCUACUUGGAAGUAAUGGAAUCUUAUUCGAAUACAAAAGUGUUGAUCUCUAUUCAUGUAAAAUCCUUUCUUAUCUUCUUUCUGUAUUCACACGAAUCACUUAUUGGUUAACAAGUUCUGUAACAAUUGAACGUUUAUGUUUGGUUUUAUUUCCAACAUCUCGCAUUUUAAAGAACACACGUCGAACACUCGGUAUAAGUCUCUUUCUCAUCGUAUUUGUCUUCAGCAUGCAUAUACAUGAAUUGAUCAAUUAUAGAACAAUUGAUGAUCUUUCUUACACAUCUGAUAACACAACUCUUUGUGUGACGAGUUAUGAUCAAACAAUUAUUGCAAUUUAUAAUCGUGUCAAUGUGUUAAUUCAUUAUUUUAUUCCAUUUCUAAUUCAAAUUAUCUCGAUAACAAUCUUAAUCAUUCAAUUGACUUUGAGUCGAGCACGAGCAAAUAAAAAUAAGAAACAAAUCUUUACAAAUCUAUUUGUACAACAACUAAAAGAACAAAAGGAACAGUAUGUUGCUCCGAUAAUCAUUGUCUUUAGUUCAUUACCACAAAUAAUUCUAUCAUUUUCAUAUAAAUGUACGGAAUUAAAACAAUCCUGGCAACGAUAUAUUUUGUUAACUGCCUAUUUCUUUUCAUAUUUACCACAAAUGUUGGGUUUUAUUUUAUAUGUAUUACCAUCAACAACCUUUUCAGAAGAAUUUCAUCAAACUGGAAUUGGAAAAAUAUUUCUUCGAUUGAAACGAACAGUAGCAGCAAUAACAUAG